AUGUUUAUUCGAUUGAAUUGUUUUCGAAUUAUUUUUCAACGUUAUCAUUCAACAAAGCCUACACCACAUCAACAAGCUAUGAUGGCACGUGGUCUACCAAAACGAACACCAAUUGAAGGUGUUCAACAUGUUAUUGCUGUUGGUUCAGGCAAAGGUGGUGUUGGUAAAUCUUCUAUAAGUGUUAAUAUAGCUCUUGCAUUAUCUCGUUUAUCUUAUCGAGUUGGAAUAUUGGAUGCAGAUAUAUUCGGUCCAUCAAUUCCAACAUUACUCAAUUUACGUAAUCAUAAAGCAACAACAAUAACAAAAACAAAUCUUAUUGAACCAUUAAUUAAUUUCAAUUUAAAAUGUAUGUCAAUAGGAUUUUUAACUAAAUCUGAUGGAGCUAUUGUAUGGCGUGGUCUUAUGGUAAUGCAAGCUAUUGAAAAACUUCUUCGACAAGUUGCUUGGUCUCCAUUAGAUUAUUUAAUUAUUGAUUUACCACCAGGUACAGGUGAUGUACAAUUAUCUAUAGCACAGCUAAUUCCAUUAUCUGGUGUUAUUGUGGUAACAACACCACAAGAACUUUCAUUAGUUGAUGUACGAAAAGCAAUUGAAAUGUUUCGUCUUGUUCAUGUACCUAUAAUUGGUAUUGUAGAAAAUUUUUCAACAUAUUUUUGUUCAAAAUGUAGUCAUGAAGAAAAAAUUUUCGGUGAAAAUGGUGGUCAAUUAUUAGCAAAUGAAUUUCAUUUAAAUAUUCUUCAAUCCUUACCUAUUGAUAUACAUUUUCGACGAGCAUGUGAUGAAGGUCGUCCAAUUAUACAAGAAAAUGAAACAAUGUUAUGCUCAAAAUUUAAUAAUCUAGCAAAACAAAUAAUUGAAUUUAUACAUACAAAACAAACUACAACAAUAGAAUAA